AAUUCUGCGCAGAUCUGGCUGAACAUGAGUCACGCAAGACAUGACACAAAGUGUACACUGCACAAGUCCAGUUUAGAUUACGUUCGGCCAGAUCUGCGCAGCGGGGCAUUAAUUCGAAUGAGCCUCACACAAGGCUACAGAUGCUACACCUAUCUUUUACUGUCUAUGUGCUACACACCCUACAGACAGCCAUGCUCAGAUAGCGCAGACAAUUCGCGAUUCCACGAUAUAAUUAUGUUGGCCAAUUUGAGAUGUUCGAUAGGUGACACUCGACUUUUCAGGGGACUCUAUCGUUUUAUCUACACGAGGAAUUCUGACAUUAAUCAAUUUGUCAUGGAUAACACCGAAAUCGUUAGCGACAAUACUUUAACCCCUGAAAUCCGUUUGAGCCUCUUCACACCAAAGUGCCGAUUUUGGCACGCACGGCCAGAUACAUGGCCCUUUUCAGAUCCAUAUUGGGCAAUAUAUUGGCCGGGAGGGCAAGCGCUGUCAAGGUAUUUGUUAGAUAACCCUGGAGUGUCCAGAGGAAAAAAAGUGCUGGAUCUCGGUAGUGGUUGUGGAGCAUCAGCAAUUGCUGCAAAAAUGUGCAGUGCUUCUCAUGUGGUUGCCAAUGACAUAGACUCAGUUGCUGCUGUAGCUAUUCAGCUAAACUGUGAACUUAACAAUCUGGAGCCAAUUCCCUGUGUCACUGACAAUCUCAUUGGAUCUGAACCUGAGCACUGGGAUCUCAUCUUGCUUGGAGACAUGUUUUAUGAUGAAGACCUAGCUGACAGUUUGCAUACGUGGCUGAAGACGUGCAUUAGAGUCCAUAACACAAAAGUGUACAUUGGUGACCCUGGACGUGCACAGUUUGAAAACCACAGGAUUAAAAGCUUCGUCAAAUUACUGGCUCAGUACACAUUACCUGAAUCAGUUAGAGAGGAGAACUAUGGACUAACCAGUAGUACUGUUUGGCUUUAUACACCAGAUGUAUAACCCCAAUGUGCUGAUCUACAGUCUGCGACUGGACUGUUCGCGUGUUGUCCAAGUUCUCUCCUACGUCUACAUUAUGUCGGAUACAAAUGUAUCCUACACACUUUUGUUACAAUUCACCCUCCGGUCCACAUUCAACCAUUGUAUCAGUGUGUCCAAAGUGUAACAAUUUGGAUGCGCUGGAGACCCCGGACUCAUUUUAUUCCGCAGCUGAUGAAUGUGGAUGUUGUGUAUCACGGAACCAUCUGAGAAGAGAUGAUGUACAAACCCAUGUUCCCUUCCCUGAUUUGUUGUGCUUGUUUCACGUGAUGAUGGCCAUGCUGCUUUUCGAGAAGUACAUUCAUUUGACAGCCAUACAGUGAAUGGCAACGGAUGAUGGCCUAUGCAACUUAAAGACACUGUAAUUAUUAUAUAGCCAAAUGUAACUGUGUAUGUCACAAAUAAAUACCUCUUGAUCAUUUGAAGCACAUUCU